AUGCUAAAAGAGACAGAAAGCAAAUUUGAAAUCGGAAAAUCACACAGAGAGCAAGAAGAAGGAGAAGAAUCGGCUUCUCAAAGACAACUGAACCAAGCUGUGGAAGCCGAGAAGGCGAAACUUCAGGAAGAUUUUCGCUUGCGGCAAGAAGCUAUGGACGCUAAAUGGGCCAGCGAACGAGCACGCUACGAAGAAAGAUUAGAAGAAAUGCAGUGCAUCAUGAGCAAGGCGCAUGAGCGCGUGAGCAAAAUGGUGGAGCAUCUACAGAGGCCGAUUCACGAUCGUGAAACGAAGUUGCAGCUUGUCAACGGUCUCCAGCUAAAAAUCCACCAAACCGACCUCAUACUUCUUGCUGGGACAAAAGGGAUGGGCAAAAGCACCUUUUUGUGGCUACUGGGCAAAGGUGAAAAGCCCAAGCGGUCACUAAGCGAUGGGACAGUGGAAAUCCGUUAUGUGGACAGUUUUAUCGAUUUUAUUGGACUACGCGGAUGGACACAAGAAGAACUGCUGAAACUAAUGGUGCUGAUGAUUUACGAAGGUAUUCCAGCGGAUCUGAUUGUAUUUGGUAAUGACCGCAUUGAUUUGCCAGCGAUUGCUCUGGGUUCGUUGGGGAUUAACAAUCCAAUGAUCGUUAUCAUGUCCAGUCACUUCUGGAAACUUUAUGAACCGCCAUCAGGAGCUCAGAAAAGAAUACACUUGGUAGAAACUCGAGACGGUGUUCGUCUUGUUGAACCGGAAGCGGAUUUGGAGUUUAUCUACAGUUUACCAGUAUACGAGGAUAUCAAGAAGUUUCAUUUGGGAACACCCAUUACACAUCACGAGAAUCUUGAACUGUUGAUCCGUAGGCGCAAAAACGUUGGUAUCCGGCCGUUUCAGUUUUUGCUGGACAAAUUAGGGGAUACAUUUACAGUGGGCAUGGAGAACGACAGUAUCAUGGAAGCCCUUUUCCGUUUUAUCUACAUAUUUGAGAAGAAAUAUGGGAAGAACAGGCUCAGUUUUAUGAACUACGCUACACUGCAAGAUUUUAGUUGACAUGUGAGUAUCG